UGACAAGCACUCGGACAGGAAAGGGCGGAUUUUUCAGUUGUCUUUUUUUUUUCCAGGAAGCCACUCGGUUACCACGAAGUUAAAGUAAAGUACCCCGUUUGUUCACUUGCAGGCCAAAGUGGUUUCCUCUUGAUCAAAAGUGGACGCAAAGACGAGAACACCUCGUUGAGAAGGUGAGAACACGGAGCCCCCCCACGCGGUGAUGCUUCCUACUAAAUCUGCGCCACGCCAGCCAAAUGACUUUACGAGCCCUACGAGUUGCAGUACGGGCAUAUAAGAAGUCGUAAGACAGCAACGCACGCACGGCCAGGCACCCGCUUACAGAUGGAGGAGUGAACGGAUCCUCCAUGCGAGAAAGAUGGCUCUGGAUACCAAGAGCAAGGAGCUGCUGUGGAGAACGCUGAGGCAGCUGGAGCAGGACGACUUGACAAACUUCCAGUUCCAUAUGCACCCCGGUGAUGUCGACCGCAACGCAAACCACGUGGACAUCGCCGAACAGCUGGAGAAGAAGCACGGCAACAACGCUGUGGAGGAGACCAUCAAGAUUCUGAAAACGAUCAACAACUACAAUCUGGCCCAGAAGCUGCGCAGCGACAUGGCGCAAAUCAAAGGGGACGACCUGGUCAGCGAAAUCAAGAAGGAGCUGCAAGACAACCUGCGGGUGAGCUACUUCAACGCUCCCGAGGGCAACACAGAGCUCAGCCAGCAGAAGCUUCUGGAUGACGUCUACACCAAGCUCUACAUUACCCGCGGCGUCGAUGGUCUUCCCAACAAGCAGCAUGAGGUCCUUCAGAUGGAAAUGUGCGAUAAAGACAAGGAGUCCAUUGAAGAGUGCGACAUCUUCGAAAACGAGAGGCUCGUCCGCACUAUGGUCACCGUGGGCUUCGCGGGCAUCGGGAAAAGCUUCCUGGUGAACAAGUUUGUCCUGGACUGGGCCAGCGGGAGAACCAACAGAGACGUGCACUUCAUCUUUCCUUUCACCUUCCGCAAGUUGAACUUGGAGAAGGAGAAAAAUUUUUCGCUGGCAGAGCUCAUCCACCACUGCAUCUGGGAGAGCAAGGACAACAAGAUGCUGGACUACAUCUUUGCCAGGAUGCAGAACUCGGGAAAGUGCCACUACCAAUUGAGCGACAUCAAGAUUUUGUUUGUGCUGGACGGCCUGGACGAGUGCCGCCUCAACCUGGACCUGAGCGACAGGCGCAAGGUGGCCGUGGACGUGACCCAACCCUACCCCGUGGAGGUGCUCCUGGCGCAUCUCAUCAAGCGUAACCUGCUUCCCUGCGCACGGGUUUGGAUCACCACGCGGCCCCAGGCGGCCAGCAACAUCCCACCGCACCUGGUGGACGGCAGAACCGAGGUGAAAGGCUUCAGUGACUCCCAGAGACUGGACUACUUCAGGAAGAGGUUCCCUGACGAGCCGUACAUCAUCAAGCACAUCCAGAAAUCGCGCACCAUUUUCAUCAUGUGCCACAUCCCCAACUUCUCCUGGCUCACCGCCACUGUUCUCCAACAUUAUCGGGACAACGGAAAGGGGGGGGGGCUACCCAAAACCCUGACCGAGAUGUACACAGAGUUCCUGCUCUAUCACCUGGACAAGUCCAAGGAGCGAGAGAGCCAGAAGCACAUCGAGUACGUCAAAGCGAUGGCAAAGCUUGCUUUUCAGCACCUGAUUAAAAACCAACAGAUCUUCCCCGAGAAAGAGUUGCGGGAAAGCGGCUUGGAUUACCUGCCGGCCGCAAAAUACUCAGGAGUCUUCACCGAGGUCUUCAGGGAGCUACCCCCGCUCAAGAAAUACCAAGGCCGCACGAUGUUUCAGUUCAUCCACCUGACCAUCCAGGAAUAUCUGGCCGCUCUGUAUGUGAUGAUGAGCUUGUUCCAGGACAACAAGAACGUGCUGGGAAACCACUGGAUGCUUUUUAGAAAGACGCCGCUCACUCGGGUCCAUGAGGCGGCCAUCCAAAAAGCCUCAGAGAGUGACGGAAACCUGGACAUGUUCCUCCGCUUCCUGUUUGGCCUCUCCUUGCAGUGCAACCAGGACCUUCUGGGUGAGCUGCUGAAGGCGCCAAAGAACUCCAGACACAGCAACGCAGGAACGGUCCGCUUGAUCAAGCAACAGAUAGAGCAGAACUCUCCCGAGGAGAACAUCAAUUUGUUCUACUGCCUGAGCGAGCUGAAGGACGAGUCUCUGCUUGAGGAGAUCCAACAAUACCUAAGCUCGGGGUACUUGUCCACGGAGGACCUACCUCCGGCCAUGUGGUCGGCCCUGGUCUUCGUUUUACGGGCUUCCAACGAAGCCAUGAGCUGCUUUGACCUGAAGCAUUACUGUGCAUCCGAGAGGGGGCUCCUGAUGCUGCUGCCGGUGGUCAAGGCUUCUCAAAAAUCAGUGGUCUCGGGCUACAAACUGACCAGGAAAAGCUGCUUGAUGCUGGCCUCCAUUCUAAGAUCGCCCUGCAACCUGAGGCAUCUGGAUCUCAGCAACAACGACUUGUGUGACGACAAGCUGGAGGCGCUCGCCACUGGACUGGCAAAACCGGAGUGUACCCUGCAAGUCCUCGGGCUCAACAACUGUACCUUGAGCAAGAAAAGCUGUGAGGUGCUGGCCUGCAUUCUAAGCUCGUCCUGCAGCCUGAGGGAUCUAGAUCUUGGCGACAACAAAUUGUAUGACAACGGGCUCUAUGCGCUUGCUGCCGGACUGGCAAAGCCGCAGUGUACCUUGCAAGUCCUCAGGCUUUCGCACUGCAACCUGAGCAAGAAAAGCUGCCACAUACUGGCCUAUGUUCUAAGCUCGCUCUGCAACCUGAGGGAACUGCAUCUCAGCGACAACGACUUGUACAACGAAGGGGUGGAAACGCUCGCCGUUGGACUGGCAAAGCCGCAGUGUACCUUGCAAAUCCUUAGGCUCGACGGCUGCAAACUGAGCAAGAAAAGCUGUGAGAUGCUGGCCUCCGUUCUAGGCUUGCCUCGCAACCUGAGGCAUCUGGAUCUCAGCUACAACGACUUGUACGACGAUGGGCUGGAGGCACUCGCCGCCGGACUGGCAAAGCCGCAGUGUACCUUGCAAGUCCUCAGGCUCUCGCGCUGCAACCUGAGCAAGAAAAGCUGCGAGGUGCUGGCCUCCGUUCUAAGCUCGCCCUGCAACCUUAGGGAUCUGGAUCUCAGCUACAACCUCUUGUACAACGACGGGCUGGAGGCCCUCGCCGGCGGACUAGCAAAACCGAAGUGUUCCUUGCAAGUCCUCGGGCUCAAGUCCUGCAUGAUCACCACACGAGGAUGCGUCUCACUGGCCAAGGCUCUCCAGUCCAACCCCUUCCACCUCCAAGAGCUGGACCUGAACAACAAUAAUUACGGAAAGAAAGGAAAGGAGGCCUUGGCGAAGGUCCAAAUGGAUCCUUGCUGCAGUCUGAAGACAGUCAGGUUUGCUGUGACGCCAUAUGUGCCUUACGCUAGAUGCCAGCCUUGGAUCAUUGGUGAAUGUUCUGGACAGAGGGAAAUGUUUUGCCUGACAAUGAAAAGACAUGGUUAGAUUCUAACCAAUUAGUUUUUCAUGUCAUUUUCACUUUGUUUGGUCCUCUUCAAACAUACCAGGGUUAGAUUAUAACUAACUAAAGCACUUUUCUGGUCUGAAUACAGUCUAAAAUAGAAAAUAUAUUUUCCCUCAUCUAAUUCCAUUUUUAUACAUUUAAAAAAAAAAACACUAGGCCAGUGCUAAAGAGUGAAUGGAAUUUGAAAAGAAUAAACAAAUGCAUAAUAAUAAAGUCUCUCUCUCUCUCUCUCGCUCUCUCUCGCUCUCUCUCGCUCGCUCUCUCUCGCUCUCUCUCGCUCUCUCUCGCUCUCUCUCGCUCUCUCUCGCUCUCGCUCGCUCUCGCUCGCUCGCUCGCUCUCUCUCUCUCUCUCUCUCUCUCUCUCUCUCUCUCUCUCUCUCUCUCUCUCAAAUGCUUGGCACAGAAAAUAGACAAAAAUUAAUGAAAUUGCUAAAUGCAGCAUGAUCACAAGUUCACGUCCUGACUAAGAGUUAUUGUCAAACCUAAAAGUUCACAUAAUUCCGUAUAAAAUGACAAAUUGUCAGGAUGAUGAAUGGAUGAGGCGGGUCGGUAGUGCACUGGUUAGCACGUCCGACUCACAGUUCGGAGGGUGCGGGUUUGAUUCCAUCUCCGGUGUGAAAUUUGCAUGUUCUCCCUCUGCCUGCGUGGGUUUUCUCCGGGCACUCCAAUUUCCUCAAAAACAUGCUUGGUAGGCCGAUUGAGCACUCCAAAUUGCCCCUAGGUGUGAGUGCGAGUAGGGAUGGUUGUUAAUCUAUGUGGGCCUUGCAAUUGCCUGGCAACCGGUUCAGGGUGUCUACUGCCCGAUGACCGCUGGGAUAGGUUCCAGCGCCACCAUAUCUGCACAGUUUCCAACAUUGUUCCUCGAGAUGAAAAAAAAAUGUGACUGCAAUCGGCGAGCAACUUUGAUGUUGAAUAUUUGGGCUGAAAGCCAGAAAACAAAUAAAAAGGAAAUUGCUGAUGCCAUCUCAUUUGCAUUUUCCUCGUGGAACUUCUCAAACUGUGUCACACCUGUGCUCAUUAAGUGACAGAACAGCAGUAUGUCAAUGUAGCUAAACCACCACAGGAUUAUAUUCCACCACCGCCCAGUUUACACGACGAUGACAAUUUCUAAUUGUUUGGAGCCGUUUCUCUCCCGACUUGCAUCAAAAAGUCUCAAAAGCUCGCUUUCUAUCCCAAAGACGUCACGCUGUGUGAUUUGAAUGUUCAAAUGUUUAAACUUAUCACAGUUUCACCUACAGGUCAUUUUAUUUUGGAGACUUGUACAAUCAUAACCUCACCCCACAUAAUAAGCCAAUUCGGAACAACAGAUACAUUACCGUGAAAUACAAAUCAUUGUUUGACAAGACUUGGUUGGAAAAGGGGAUUUGGUCAGUGCUGCACUUAGUUGCCAGCCAGGGAUCUUUCCUAUCUUAUAAUGCUUUUUAUGCAAAUAUAAGUUACAUCGUUAAUCAUUGUAAAAUGUUUGAGGGAGUGACUAAAGCUUGAUCUGAGGCAUUUUAUGCAACCCUUCUCCAACAAUUCCACUUCCUUGGGUUGGAAAUUAUAACUUUAAUGAAACUAAGAUUCCAAACAGGGUACAAAGAUUUUUAACUAUCUCACCCUAUCUCACGCCUCUAAGACAAGUCUACGAGUAAACUUCUUUACCUUCCGCCACCACAUCUACAAAAGAAAAAUAAUAUAGUACUGGAUGUGGAAUUGAUUUAGAAAGCAACUUUAAUACACAAAAGUUAAAGUAACAUAACAGUACACAUUAUUUGUUGCCCACCUACAUGAUCAAAAUUUAACUGCCCUCAGAUAUAUGUUUUCUGUUACAUUGUUACAAUGUACUUAAAAUCCAAGGUGAGGCUAAAUAAAAUGGCAUGGGAAAAGAUUAAUACAAAUAUUAAUACGAAGCAAAAGGGAAUAUGAACUAUGGAUAAAAUACACAUGUACAAUAGUUGGAGACAGUAAACCACGCAAAUUAAGAAAACAGGAGCAAUAAGAAGUUAUACUACGUUUACACUAUGUUCUCAGCAUCAAGUGCUACUGGAUUUGCCUGAAACAUAGGAGAGGAUGGAAUUUUGUCCAUUUUUUCCUCCAUCAAGUUUUCUCACAGCUGAGCACAGCAACCACGACGGGCCAUGGGUAGAAGAAGUUGCCAAGUCCAAGAGUCCAAAAGACGCACAGCAGUUCAGCCCGCUGUCUAACACAGAUGGCAGUCCCGGAUAUCUCCUAUCCUCAUGGUUUUCACAUUCUGGUCAAGGUCUCACAUCUUUUACAUUCUGCUCAGGUUUUCUACAGAAGACACAUGGAAAACUUUGGCGAAUAUUUGUGAACAAGGCUGACUGAAAUUCAACUCCCCUGCCAUGUGGUGUGUCAGACAAAUUGCAACCUUCCAUAUUGCCAUAUAAACCGUCACUGUCGCCACGGGAACAUAAUGUAAACGGCGCAUUUUGGCCUUUUCACGCUGCACUUGGUUUCUUUUUCACAAUGGGGUAGUGCGCAAGAACUACUGCACGCUUCUCCGUGUUUGUAAGUGCUUGUUUACCGUUCUAGAAAGAAACAGCAAGGCUUUUCCUGCUGAUGUACUGCUGUUACCCCAUGGAUAUUACUAUGCCAGGCUUUGAUUUUUCAAUUUCAGAGUGCCAUUGGGGUUACAUCAACAGGCACCCACCCACCUUGUGCGAUGCGACAUUCAGUCACAAUAAAUAGGGUUUUCGACACCGUGUUGCAAAGUGCAGUGUGAAAAAGCCUGGUCAUCACCUGGAGCGUUCUACAGUGACUGGAGCUAAUAGCUAUAAGAGGAAAGUAUUCAAUGACCAGUUCAUCGCUUUUAAAUGCAAUGCGUUUGGCAUAAGAUAAGUUCUUUUAAAAUCUUAAAAACAUUAAAUGUGUCAUUUUCGGACAGCGGGUUGAAUAUUUAGGUCAAUAUUCAAUUAUUUCCUUAUGUAUCAUGCACACUUGACAAGCCUCACAUGUCUCAGUCAAAGCAUUUCAAGUACUGUUUUGGCCCGUGUGCGAGUUGUCUUCAAAAGCUGCUCCUCAAAGGCUUUUUACUGCGGGUCCGCACUGGAUGAUCCCACAACGCCAUGCUGACGUAGCACAUUCCUUAGGAUCUGAUUCUUGGAUUUCCAGUCUUCUACCUGAGAAAAAAAAAAGAUGUCAAUAGCAAACCAGGCUCCACUUGACGGAUUUGUCACUUUAUAUGAAAUGAACAGAAGAAAAAUGUUUGGAUUAAUAGUAAUGGAGAAUACUCUGUAGAUCAGUCAAAACUAAAAUGACGGGGGAGCGAUCCAGGGCACUUGCAUGGGGCACACACACAUGUUGAGCUCUUGUUUUGUGAAAUAAAGAGCCAGUUACAAAACCCA